CUUCCGACUUGUACUCUCUGCGCUGUUCAAAAAUGCUGGCCUCUCAGCCGCGAGUGGCCGUCCAUGGCCGUCGACCCCUCGCGACUGGGCGGUGCGUUGUCACGAGGACCGCCGCUCCUACUGUUACCACCCCGACAGUUAGGUCAGCUGCGCAGUUCCACCAGGAAAAGUUAGCUGGAAUCGUGGCGGAACAGCAGUUCAAGAUGGUAAUCAAGGGUCUUGUCGCCUCAGGCAAAAUGCCGGCACAGCUGGAACCCGCCUGGGAAUAUUUUUUUGACAAUUACAAAAAGGCAGUAUUGAACAGCGGCGUGAGCGGCGUCGACGAAAAGCUGGUUGCCCAGGUGCAGACCACCAUUCUGGAUAAUGUGCUACUCCAGGCGGUUCAGCCAUACACCUUCCCCUCCUUCCACACGCGCAUUACCGAGCCUUACAACUACUACGAGUUCGGCCAGCGCUAUGUGGCGACGCUCGUCGACUUCAACAACUCAUUGCUGGGUCACCGCGAGCGUUGGGAUCGUGUGCAGGAGCUGCUGGACCAGAAGCACAACGUGGUUCUCCUAGCAAACCACCAGACGGAGGCAGACCCCGGCGUCUUCGCGCAUAUGCUGUCCACGACGCAUCCCAAGCUCGCGACAGAUGUCAUUUACGUGGCUGGUGACCGCGUCGUCACCGACCCCAUGUGCAAGCCCUUCUCCAUGGGCCGCAACCUCUUUUGCGUGCACUCCAAGAAGCACAUCGACGAUGUGCCGGAGCUCAAGGCCUCCAAGAUGGAGACCAACCGCAAAACGCUCGUGGCCAUGCAGCGCAAACUCAACGAGGGCGGCACGCUCAUCUGGAUCGCCCCUAGCGGCGGCCGCGACCGCCCCAACGCAAACGACGAGUGGGUUCCGGAUACCUUCGAUCCCGCCGCCGUGGAGCUCAUGCGCAGCCUGGUGCAGCGCGCCAAGCAGCCGGGCCACCUGUUCCCCAUGGCCAUGUUCUCCUUCCCCAUCAUGCCGCCGCCCAAGACGGUGGAUAAGUCCAUUGGCGAGCGCCGGCUGACCAACUUCAGCGGUGUGGGCAUCUCGCUGUGUGAGGAGCUGGACAUCGCCGCCAUCAACAGCGGCUCGGAGGACAAGGAGGUGCAGCAGCGGGCGCUGGCUGCGGCCGCCCACGCCGCCGUCAAGUCCUCCUACGCGUUGCUGGAGAAGGCGGUGCAGGACCCGGCCUUCCGGGCCACCCGAUCGGAGUUCUCGCAGCCCUGGAAGGCGUAAAGCGGAGGAGCAGGAGGAG